CAUAUUACGAGUAUUUUGACAGCUCGAGGCUGUCAUCUUCCGAAUAUUUCGGUAGAAAAUCGGAGUGAAGACGACACUCGAGUCAGUUGAUAAUAGCAGUUAAUCACAAAUACAAGGAGCAACAGAUGUUGUGUAACCCGAGGGAGUUGUUACACCAGGCAGCAGAAUAAAGGGCAGAAAAUCCUCUCGUUUACAUUAUACCUCCCCUGCUUCUUUACUACAAAGUUACAUCCCAGCUGAAUCUGAACCGCCAAGCUGGAAUAUGAGUGGUGUACCAGGAAGUAUACAAGAUGAACAGGCAAUGUCCUUACACCAGAAGAAGUUAGACAAAGAGCGGAGAAGAAUCGAUGAACAGAACAGGAGAAAGAGAGCGACUAAUAACAUGGGCCUUCUUCAGCCCAACACUGAUAGUCGGCCUAACUCUGGUGGUCAUCGCCGGCGUGGAGAGGAAACGCGGCCUCUGGUCAAGGAAUCAUCUAAACCGUCCACACCAACAAAUUUUGAAUACCUCGGCCCAGCAGCUAAUGAUGACAUAGACGACAUGGCAAGAUUGUCACCUCAAGACCAACGCACGAUGACCGUACUUAAUGUAACCACUGACAGCCACAGCGAUGAUAGUGACAGUAUACCAGAGAUCGCCUCCCCUCUAGAAGGUAGCACUGGUAACACCGCACCUGAACCAAUGCAGCCCAACAGGAAAAAGGACAAGGCCAAGAACUCCAAGAGUGCUGCUAAUUGGACUCUAUCCAACACGGGACAAAUCCCAAAUUUUACCACCAAAAAGAAUAAAUCUAAGGAUAAUGUUAUUGCUGAGGGUGUUGAAAAUGUUGAUGAUGAUGAGUCACCAGAUAUCCCCAUGCUACAAGACAAUGUAACUCCAAAGAAAUCAAAGAACAAGAAAGAGAAAAAACAAAGGAAUGCCCAACAAGCAGCAUUAGCCGCAGAACGAAGCACAGGGGAUAGAGGUGACCGCGGAGAAAGAGGUGGAAACGUCAUGUCCAUGAGCCCAAAUAUGGGUGACGAUGAUGUGGAGGAUGUUGAUGAUAGCAGUGCCCCAAUUGUACCCCAACAGCUCCCUCAAGGGAAAUCCCCAGCAGGGAGGAAUGGCAAGGAGGAUUACAACUCGGGAGGGAAUGAUUUGGAUGAUGAUGGAGACGAGGUUCAAGGGGCCAUGGGGCGUACUCUCACUCCAGACAUUACAGAGAACCUUGAUGCUUUUGUGUUCAAACCAGCCCCACAGGGUCAAACAGUAAAAUGUCGCAUUACUAGGGACAAAAAAGGUGUGGACCGUGGGAUCUAUCCGACCUACUAUCUACAUGUAGAGAGGGAGGACGGAAAAAAGAUAUUUUUAUUAGCGGGUAGAAAAAGAAAGAAGAGUAAGACAUCCAACUACCUAAUAUCUACGGACCCAACAGAUCUGUCGCGAGGCGGAGAGGCAUAUGUCGGAAAGUUGCGGUCAAACUUACUUGGAACACACUUUACCCUGUUUGACAAUGGGGACAACCCAAAACAGAACUAUGAGAAUGCAAGAAAGGAACUGAUUGGAGUCGUCUAUGAAACGAAUGUGUUGGGAUUCAAAGGACCAAGAAAGAUGACCAUUAUUAUCCCAGGCAUGAACCUUGACCACGAGAGAGUAGACAUCAAGCCGCGAUCAGAUAAUGAUGGCCUUAUCGACAGAUGGAAGAGGAAGAAUAUGGAGAACAUUCUGGAGUUACACAACAAAACUCCUGUGUGGAAUGAUGAAACACAAUCCUAUGUGCUGAACUUUCAUGGACGGGUAACACAAGCUUCUGUGAAAAAUUUCCAAAUAGUCCACGAUAAUGAUGUUGACUACAUUGUGAUGCAGUUUGGUCGUGUGGCAGAGGAUGUGUUUACUCUGGAUUUUAACUACCCACUUUGUGCUGUUCAGGCCUUUGGCAUAGCCCUUUCCAGUUUUGACAGUAAAUUAGCGUGCGAGUGAUAGCAAACUCGUAAAACCACAUGUUGUUCAGUUUCAAAUAUGUGAUAUUUAACUGAAUUCAUCGCACUCCGUCAUAGCUCAAAAUCACUACAUGUGAUGCCAGCAGAUUAGAGAAGGGAGCUAAUUCACAAACCCUUUGACACCAAAUGAAGACCUGUAGUACAGUGUAAGGGAGGUAACUCUUAGGAAACCUCUUUAGUUGCAUUUGUGAUGCUGUUAGUGGGGUAUUCAAUACUACCUAGUGGGCUAGGGCAUGCAAUGUUGUGGACAAGUAUCUAAUCGUGUUGGCAGAUACACAGAAUUAGGAGCUGUACAUGUUCAUUUAAGUUAAACAUGUUUUUUAACAUUAUUAAGCAUAAAUGGUAGAAAUAAAGUAAUUAAAUACAAAUGGUAUAUUUUCCAUGUUUGGUGGUUCAAACACAAGUAGAUUAAUUAAUUGUUUAGGAAGAUAGUCAUUUCUGUUGUAAUUUCACAUCAAAAAGCACACACCACAUUGACAAUAGUGCUCUAUACUUUACUACUCUGCUAUAUCUAGUAUUGGUGACAUCACCAGACCAGUCCCGGUAUCCUAGUAUUGGUGACAUCACCAGACCAGUCCUGGUAUCCUAGUAUUGGUGACAUUACCAGACCGGUCCUGGUAUCCUAGUAUUGGUGACAUCACCAGACCGGUCCUGGUAUCCUUGUAUUGGUGACAUUACCAGACCAGUCCUGGUAUCCUAGUAUUGGUGACAUUACCAGACCGGUCCUGGUAUCCUAGUAUUGGUGACAUCACCAGACCGGUCCCGGUAUCCUAGUAUUGGUGACAUCACCAGACCAGUCCCGGUAUCCUGGUAUUGGUGACAUCACCAGACCAGUCCCGGUAUCCUAGUAUUGGUGACAUCACCAGACCAGUCCCGGUAUCCUGGUAUUGGUGACAUCACCAGACCAGUCCUGGUAUCCUAGUAUUGGUGACAUCACCAGACCAGUCCCGGUAUCCUAGUAUUGGUGACAUCACCAGACCAGUCCCGGUAUCCUGGUAUUGGUGACAUCACCAGACCAGUCCCGGUAUCCUGGUAUUGGUGACAUUACCAGACCAGUCCUGGAAUCCUAGUAUUGGUGACAUCACCAGACCGGUCCCGGUAUCCUAGUAUUGGUGACAUCACCAGACCAGUCCCGGUAUCCUAGUAUUGGUGACAUCACCAGACCAGUCCUGGUAUCCUAGUAUUGGUGACAUUACCAGACCAGUCCUGGUAUCCUAGUAUUGGUGACAUUACCAGACCAGUCCUGGUAUCCUAGUAUUGGUUACAUCACCAGACCAGUCCUGGUAUCCUAGUAUUGGUGACAUCACCAGACCGGUCCUGGUAUCCUAGUAUUGGUGACAUCACCAGACCAGUCCCGGUAUCCUAGUAUUGGUGACAUUACCAGACCAGUCCUGGUAUCCUAGUAUUGGUGACAUCACCAGACCAGUCCUGGUAUCCUAGUAUUGGUGACAUCACCAGACCAGUCCUGGAAUCCUAGUAUUGGUGACAUCACCAGACCAGUCCUGGUGUCCAGCUAGAAUUAACCUUCGAGUACUAACAAACCUGGUAGGUGGUUUCCAAGAUACUGUUCUGAUGCCAAGGCAUGUCAUUUUAGAAAGUUCAUCAUUGGGAAUGUAAAUAUUCAUAUUGAUAUGAACGCCAAAGAUUGUUUACAAGGGAAUGCAUGUGGUGGGUAAAAGAUUUUAAUUUUGUUUUGACAAAAAGGUCGAGAAUUAUUUUGAGAGUAGAAGGUUGUAAUUUUGUGUCUGGUGUAAGGUAUACCUGUUGCCCUGCCAUUUUAUUAUUUGGCUGGUUAAUGACGGGUUACGGUUGUCAUUGUGAACAAUUUUAUUUCAGUGUAACAUAAUUCAUUGGAAUCAGUGUGGACUGGAACAUAUUUCAACUGGCCUAUGUAGCCAUUUACCUAUCCUAAUCUUCAUCAUUUAUAAAACUUUUUUUAUUAAUUGGUCUUGUGAAAUUUGGAUGAUUUUACACAAUUUUCCUCCUGUGUAAACAAGCUAUCAUUAAUAUGUACAUAAAUAAUUCAUAAUAUAAAUCAUAUCACUUUGUUUUUGUGAAUGGAUUGUAAUGUUUGACUACAAUGAGAAACACAACUAGACAUCAUGGUGUUGAAGACUGAGAGCUUUCAUAUUCACUUAUCUUCAUUUUGUUAGAUCAGAAAGUUACCAGUUAGAUGAUGACAUUAAUCCUGUUAUUUUUUUAAUGAGAAUGUAGAAUGCAAACCUGUUAAAUGUUCCAUAUUUGAACACCAGGUUUUAGGUGUGGCUAAUGUCCUAAAUAUUUGUGAACAUCAGGUUUUAAGUGUGACUAAUGUCCUAGAUAUUUGUGAAUGUCAGGUUUAAGGAGUGGCUAAUGCCCUAAAUGUUUUUUGUGAAUGUCAGGUUUUAGGCAUCCCACAUUCACAUUGACAUAAGGUACAGCCUUCGGACCAAUUUAGGAAGGAUCUAAUGCAUCACACUCAUCAUAAGUGUUUCCCAUGUACACUGAUCAUUUUAUUUUCAGACAGUAUGUGUGUAAUUUGAUCAGAGGUGUAGAAUGUUGAUUCUGUUAUUUAAAGGAAUUCUUUAUAUGAACCCUGCACAAUCCUGCCAACAGGUUUAAACUGGAUUAUAUUUUUGUGAUUGAGUUUUGGAAAAUUGCAUUUCCAGCAAAAAUUCUUGUCUCCUUCUGUCUGUGCUCUUAUUUUUUUAUCUUCAUAAUUUAAUUUGAUUUUAUGAUGGUGGUGAUGAUGACCAGAUUGCUCUUUUUAAGUGAGAGGAGUCUGAUCACAUUGCAAACAUGUAUAUGUGUAUCUCUUGUAAAUUGUAAAUUUGAGUGGCUUUAAUAUUUUUCAAUGAAAUAUAAAAGUUUGAAGCACUGAGCAGUUUUAUAAAGAUGUGGAAGUGAUAUCAUUAAAGGUCGUUCAUCUGUAACAUCUUUUGUUUCAUCAGACCAAUAGUCAUAUUAUCUGUGAUGUCCACAUCCAAGGUAGAGGUUAUAGUGUUAAUUCUUGUUAGAGUGUUGACUUACAGUGUUCGACCAGGGGCAGUUCGUGUCUACAUAGUACAGUUAUAUUCAAAUGAUACAUAGGUAAAUUGGUAGGAAUAAAUCUGAUUUUCAGAGACUUUUUAAGAUAGAAAUCUUAUAAAAGAAUAUCUGUCAGAAAUGUAAGUUAAGAUGUUGGAUAAUAAUGUUGUCCAACACAGGUUAAAUUUAUCUGGCACAUAAAGCUGAAUUUUAUAAAAAAAAAAAAAAUUUAAAAAAAAAUCUAUUUCUACCAUUAAAAGUAGUUUUUUCAUUGACAAGUCCAGAAAACGGUAAGGAAGUUUUAAAAAAAUACCAAAAACAUACACAUCAAGAUAAAGAAUUGCCAAAACAAAACCAUUUUUCUACCCUAUAUUUCCUUGCUAGAAGAAAAAAUGAUUUCACUUGGUAAAAGGUUGUGAUUUUGAGAAUGAAAAAUAUUUUUGCUUGAUAUAUCUGUCUUCUGUUAAACACACUGUGAGAAUGGAUCGUGGUUUCUUAUCUAUUUAUGACAGAUGGGCAAGAGUGCAUUUUGUUGAUUACUUGGUUACUGCUUGGUUGCUAGGCUACUAGCAUUGGUUGUUUUGAAUCAUUAUUUAUUGCCAUUUGAUGGGUUGUCCAUGUCACAUGAUUUCAAUUAAAUGUCUUAAUGAGUUGUAAAUAUCAAAUGUUCUGUAAUUGUUGUUUGACCUACUAGCUGAUAAAUGCAAGCGUAUGGUUUGGUUAAAAGUAGUAGAUAACUCGAUCGCCUCUCUCCAUUUUUAAUUUUAAGAUGAAGGUGAGAGAAUUGAAAGAGUUUAUCAUCUUUGAUGUGACAAGUUGAAGUUUUUCUUGAUGAGAGGAUAUGAAUUUGCAAAGCUGAUAUGUUUUUUUUUCAAUUUUUAUUUUUUUUCCCCCUUGAAAUGCAAUAUUGUAAAAUGUGAUAAUUGUACGAGAUGUCGUGUGCCUACCGCGGUGAAACGUUCCAAAUAUUAAUUUAUGUACAUAGUUUGUUAGUGGACAUGAGGAUUGAUGACCCUUGAAUAGACUUGUCAUAAUGAGAGUUGUUUGUAUUCUAUGAGUUUCAUAAAUAUAUAUGAGGCUCAUAUAUUAUCUUAAUUUUUUAAGUGCUAAUAAUUAUUUUAUUUAAUAUAUGAUUUCAUAAGCAUUUCCAUUCACCAGCAUUGUAACAAAAAUGGACAUUUCAAGAAAUCCUUAGUUACUUAAAGCUAGCAAUGCAUGAUGUUGAUAAAGAGGUAACAGGAUGGAGGGAUUUACAACAAACUUGAUAAAUCAAGGAAAUUUUAACCUGUGUAUAUUGCAUGAAAAAAUCCUGAAAAAGUCCAAUCUUUCAUGAAAUUACAGUAUAUAUAAACUGAUUGUUCCAAACGCUAUUUCUCUUGAAGUUGUACAAAUACCAUGUUGUAAUGCCACCAGGAAUUCUAUCACUGACCAAACAAUUCAGGUUUUCUGUCAUUUGACAAUACAAAUGUAAUUUUUUUU